AUGCAUGCAUGCAUGCACAAGAAGCUGCUGGCCAAGACGAGGCGGGCGUUCAGUGAGUCCAAGGAGUACGAGGGUGUUGCCGUGAUGCCCAUAGUACCGACUACGCUCAUCAAGGAGAGCUGCUUGCCGUGGUGCGUAGAUCGGGAAAGGGUCACUUCAGGCAUGAAUAGACUUGACAUGGAAAUCGAUAAAUUCUACAAAUACUCUAGACCAACUCAACACGAACAGAAUGCUCGAAAACACGUCAUCGACCAAGUGCGAAAUCACGUACUAGAACGAGUACCCAAGCAUCACAUAGAUGUCUUCGGGUCACAAACAACUGGCCUCGCUCUUCCUACAUCAGACAUCGACUUCCGGUUGCGCAGCCAACGCCAGGUAGAGGACCCUAAGCUAGCGAUAUGGCCACCCCCGGAAGACGAGAGGAGAAAAUGUGUAGCGACGCUAAGGGAUUUGUUCUACAAAGUUUUCAAGAAAAAAGGAUACUACAUUCUAACUGCGCUCCGUCACGCUCGAUACCCCCUCAUCGUCGCGCAAGACCAACGAUCAGGCCUCGAUGUCCAGAUUGUUUUGGCAAACGAUACGUGGUUAUCGAGAGAGAUAAUGGCAAAGUACAUGCAGGAGAUACCCUACCUACAGAAGCUGUUUUGUGUCAUCAAGACCAUUCUCAACGUUCGCGGUCUGUCGGACGUCUUUCGGGGAGGCUUUGGAUCAUACUCGCUGUUCAUGAUGGUAGUGGCCAGUAUCAAGCAUAUGCCGCAUCCGCGGAAUGAUGCUGCUGGGGCUCUCAUGAACUUCCUCGAGUUCUGGGCUAAGUUUGACACGAAAACAAAGGGUGUCUCACUUAAACCUGUCGAAUACUUCGACAAGAUAGCGUACCCUGUACGCACCGAUACAGCCAACGUCCAGAUCAAGAAUGGAGAGAUAAAGCCCCUCCCCGAUUACAUGCUCUGCCUCCGCGAUCCUGCCGACCCAACGAACGAUCUCGGCCGUAAAGGCAUAGCCAUCAAGCACGUCCAAGCCACGUUUGCGCAUCUACAUAGAACUCUGGCACAAGAUGUGAAGCAGAAUACACGCAUCUCCCUGCUCACACCUCUCGUCGGCACCUCGUAUAUGCUCAACCUUCGGCGUCGCGAAAAACUCGAAAACUACGGUCAGCACCUGUCUAAGCAAACGCGGGUAUCACUUGCUCAGACAGCAAAAGCGAUUAGGGAAGCGGAUCGGGUUGUAGAAAAGAAGCAGGAAGUCGCUGUACAUACUGAGGAUAAAAAAAUGCCUCAAACAAUGGCAAGGGAGGGACAAAAUGAAGGACCCCAGGAGCCUGCGAAGGUGAUGGAAGAAGUCUUGCAAACAGAGGCACAAAAGACGACGUUGUCCGAGGAGAAGGCUACCAUACCGCCUUCUUCAGACGUGUCUGCAGUCAGAGCAGUAGCAGAUGGUAGUCAGCAACCAGGGCAGGGCUCCGCUGAGAAUGCCACAGCUCAAGCAGAAAACAAUGUAGAGAGACCAUGA